AUGAACAACCCUACCAGCUAUCUGCUCGCACAGCUACAGCAUUCGUUCCCUGUGAAUCUAGAAACUAAAAAUAGCGAAGUUCUAGUCCGCGAAAUCCACUGUACUGACAAAACCGCUCCCCCGGCACGAAGAAGGCUUGCCCGUGAAUUGACUACCGUCAUAGACCGGACUCUAGGUCACCACUAUAACUCCCAUGCUCACGUCCUUUACGGCCGCAUCACCAGAUCCACGUCUUGGCAAGAUCACAAACUAUACGAACUUCAGGAACCAGGCAUAUGUCACGUCAUUUACAGGCCCGCAAUCAUGCCAUCUUCCCCUGUAGCCUGCUUUAUCUCUCUCCUCAUAUGCGAUGAUCCGUACAAACCUGGGGACCUGGCCCUCUACAUCCUUGAAAUUCAUGUGACUUCUUCCUUUCAAAACCAACGCUUCGGCUCUACGCUGCUGUCCGCCACACAGAAUGCUGCACACAAACUCAUGCACCAAAUUCCUUCUCUCCGUUGUCUUCAGCUCACCGUAUUCACUGAUAACCGGCGCGCACGUGGACUCUACACCCGGAAUAAUUUCGUCGUGCUGUCAAGUCAAGACAUUCCUGCCCCGCUAACUGUGAUGUAUUGUUCCCUGUGA